GCUCGUUACGACCUACACAACUCGACCCAAUAUGGCGCCAGUCAUUACAUACCUUACCGCAUCACUCUUGUUGUUCAACAAUGUUGCGCUCUGCCUUGGUCCGCAGCCAAACCUGCAAAUUGCACGCGAAGCUACAGUUGUCCAGGGUUUGAAGCAGCGAAGGCAAACUGCACACGAUGCCGCAGUCGUGGCGCACUUCGGAGGUACCAUUACAUCAGAUCCAAAGGGUAUUACGAAGAGCUGGGGCGGAGGUAAGGGAUGGGGCCCACCGGGCCCAGGUUGGAAAGCAGGACCCAAAGCACCAUGGGGACCAAAGGGUCCAGGUUGGGGUGGCAAGCCUCCUGCUCCUACUAGCGGAAACCCGUAUCCUGGCUGUAACGACGUUCCGCCCUACUGCGGUUAUUAUAAGUCAGACUACCAUCCCAAGCCCCCCCAUAAGGAUUAAUCGGCGCCAGCUGGGAGCCGUUCUUCGAGUGGCAUAGACGUCGUGCGGCUCGGUGUUAGGCAUGGUGCUUUCUGCUGUAGCAAGGGAUGCUACAUGGACAGUGUUUCGGAUAUGGCUUCUGCAAGAUGUAACGAUACCUUAGGAUUUUGAUGGUCUAUUCAAUCCUUGUUGUGCAGAGAAAUCUGCGGUUUCUUCUAGUCUAAACUCUGCUUGCAGAAGUCGGUUUGACGCGAUUGCGUAAUUGCGGAUUGCAUAGAGUGCAGAGGGAGCACUGGAGAUCGCGCAGCAUUUCUACGCGUGCCUACCAUUAUUCCAGUAAGAUCUUCAUAGCUCGUCGUCCGAUGCCUUGACCUGAG